UUAAUAAAGCUUUUAUUUAUGUUCUAUAUAAUAUUUUGUGUGAUUAAUGGACAUAAGUUGCAGGAAACUCUCUUAUCUACAGCAAACAUUUAUUACCAAAGACCAUCCAGUCUGGGAGCUCCAUCUGAGUUAAGAUUGGAUGAAGUGGAGAGUUUGCUUUCGAAACAGAAUUUCAAAAUUAUUGUACAUGGAUUUUUGGGAUCACGUAGUCAUAGUUCAAUAAAGCCUUUAGCGAAUGCUUAUUUGGCUCAAGGAGUAGCAAAUGUAUUUAUAGCGGACUGGCAGGAUUUGGCAAAUUUGGAUUAUCACAAUUCCCGCCGUGCCAUCUCUAAAGUCGCCAAACACUUUGCAGAGGCUUUGUAUGAAUUUCUGAACAAACACGAAAUUGAGUAUAAUCAAGUACACAUAAUUGGCCACAGUUUGGGUGCGCAUAUAGCAGGCAAUAUUGGAAGAUUCUUCAAUGGAAGUUUAGGUCGUAUUACUGGCUUAGAUCCUGCAUUACCACUUUUCACACCUAUUUCUUUGGAUGGAUUAAGAUCGAAUGAUGCACAAUUUGUUGAUGUGAUACAUACUGAUUUUCCGAUUUUUGGAGACUUAACACCUCGUGGUACAGUAGAUUUUUAUCCCAAUUUUGGUUAUACACAACAAAAGGGUUGUGGCGAUGUGGAUUUAUUAGCUGCCAGCAAACUUUUAUUGGAAGGAUAUAGCUGCAGCCACAAUCGUGCCGUCGUAUUAUAUGCCGAGUCCAUAGAAUUGCCUAAAAAUUUUCCUGCACUUCCUUGCCCACUCAGUAGUAUACAGUUUCGUAACCUUGAUGUUUGCUUAGCGAAAUUAUGGCAAAACGAUUUAAAUUUAACAAGUUUGGUUGAAGCUAUCAGCAAAAUGGAUGAAACUCAAGUUGUUUAUAUGGGAGAAGAAGUUUCAAGAAGGGCUACUGGUUAUUUUUAUCUGGAAACGUACGAUGUGCCACCUUACGGCAUGGGCAUAAAUACAAAGUUUUCUUAAAACCUCGCAAGAUGUCACUUUAAUUUAGUGUGCAGUUUAUUUGGUUCGUGACGCCACUAGUUAAUUUUGGUAUCAGUGAUGCCAACUCCAACAACGUCACUAAACAAUUAUCUUAUAGUCAAUACACGAACCAAAAUAACUAAUUUUGUUAAAAAUUUAUUAACAAAUAAAAAAUAUCGAAA